UAAUGCUUAAAUUGUUAGUCGACUUGUCCACUGUGUGCCGAUGGUUUGCAAUUUUUAUUGGUACUUGUACUAAUACCAACUUUGAUUUAGGGCAAAACAACUGUACUCAGUGGGUUUAUUAUUGCACAAGUUUGAUAAUAACAUCGUUGGCAUGGACUGGCGGAGAAUACUGAAAAGUUUGACGUUUGUGGAAAUGUGAGGUUUCACGCAUGGGUGCCCAAAGCAUGUUAUCUGGAGGAUAAGCUGCAAAUGCUGAAGUUGUGUCGGGUAUUACUGCGAGCUCCUUAUGUGUCACUUAGCUGGAGGAAGACUUGAGAGUAUAUCAUUCGAUCGCUGAUGGCAAUAUUUAGGGCCAGGAGGCGAUCAGAACUCGAUGCGAAUCCACUCGUAUGUUGUCCAACAGAGAACUCGUGGGAUAUAUUACCAUGAUGUCUUCUACAUGGGAGCCAAAUGCGACAACGCCUUCAGAACCGAUUCAGGAAGAACAUAUUUGUAAGCUAGUACUGUACUACGAAAUCGCAAACUCAAGAGUACGAAUUUGGGAUGUCAUCAUCUUGAUGCCAAAUUUUAUUUUCCUUGUGUUCCUGACAUUCCGUUUCAAUAGAGCUCGUCUGAAACUUCGGGCAACAAGCAGUCCAAUUUUUCUUGCGUUUUAUGGACUGGUUUUGGUAAAUGUGGUCAUCAGUUUAAUUCGAUGUGUGGUUUCCAUGACAGUAAAUGCCUCCGUCUCUGUUGGUGAUUACACAGAUAAAGUUCUGUGGAUAAUUGUGAGAUUCUUCCUGUUAGCAAUGGAACUGAGUGUUGUUAUUUUUGGCCUUGCAUUCGGUCAUCUGGACAGCCGUAGCAGCAUACGCCAUGUGUUGCUAGCGACAUCCUUCAUAUCAUUAGGAUUCACAAUUACCCAAGGAGUGCUAGAGAUUGUUUCACCAGAUGAGAGCUUCCACAUCCUGUCGAAAGAUUAUAAUUUAUUUGGACAUGGAGGAAUGCUUUUCUGGUUUACCAGUUCGGUUGUAUUUACAUUGGUUUAUCUUGUCAUCUUAAUCUUACCAUGGACAAGACUAAGAGAACGUCUUGCCUUGCCAACUAAACGUUCCUUCUACCUCUACAUUUUCUUCCUCGUUGUACUGAAUUUGACACAAUCAAUUGGAAGUGGGCUUCUGAAUUAUGGUAUUGUUGAUGGUCUCUGUGUGGUUGAUGUCACGACAUGCAUCUACUUCACCCUGUUAACGCCACUUGUAUAUCACACAUUUCUGAGUGAGUUUUUCAGCAUCUCUCAGCCAAGUAUAAUGUUCUCAUACAAAGCACAAGUUGAUGACAACAUGGAAGAUGAUACAGUUUCGCUUCCUCAUCAGCAAUCUUUCUCAUCGUUGAAGACUGACUCGGAUUAUAUAUACCAGAAUAACAGUGUAUAUGACAGCACCCAGUUUGACAAUGGGACAACUCCGGUAAACCCAUUGUAUGCAGCUUCACUGCAGAGUCCUGACAGCAUAACUGGUUACAGCAUUGACAGUGCUCAGUCUCUAGAAACUGGUGGUUACCAGUCAAACUAUACCGUCCAACAGAAGUAAAUUCUGGAUGCAGAACAUUUUUCUACUGACGAGUUGGCUUACUUUUACAGGUUAUUCUUCAUCAGACUGAUGAUAAUGUGUGCCGAACUGAAAUUUUGCAUCCAAGCUCAGGAAUUGUUUGCUCGUUUACCAAACACUACAUUCCUACUGCAACAGCUGGUGAUCUCACUGUUUCUAAGGAGGCAGCUGUCAGUGAUUGAACUACUAAUUAAUGUGUGAUGUGAUGUGAAAACUCUUUACUAUAAUGAUUGAAAUGGAUUUUGCUCCUGAGGUUUAAACACCAUCUACUGUUGUACAGUGUACUGAAGUUCAGUAGCUACUGUGUUUUGCAGUUUGACUCGUAUUGUUUAAAGUUUUUUGUACUGUCAUUUAUAAAUAAUUUCUAGAUCUAGAAAUUGAAUACAUAAUUGACAGUUAGUCAGAUGUGAUAGCCUAGUCAGAAAAAACUAAAGUGUAGUUGAAAAGGGUAUUUCAUUUAUUAUGCUAAACUUAUAGGAGAGCUAUCACUUGCAUGUAAAUGCAGGAGAAUAUUUUCUCUUAGUUGUUAUUUAUUUUAAAACUUGUAUUGAAUUUCCAUUUUAACACACCACUACUGUGAUUUAUAAAUGUGUUAUAAAAACGGCUGAUCAGCAGUAGUGGAACUAUUGCUCAGACAGACUCAUUAUAAACAGAAGAUUGUGAACUGCCAACCAAAUUAUAGCAUAUGUGCACAAGAUGAAAAAGGAACAAAGGUGUUUUGUAAAAGAGGCAAUGUAAAAUAACAAAUGAAACCCAAAUAUCCAAUUAGAAACCAAAAGGUAUGUGGAAUGAAACCCAGAUUGGAACAAAUGUAACCUGUGUGCACUGUUUUCGGCAGUUAAUUGCUUCUUGACUUUAUGCUCAAAUAUGUCACCCUUUCCUGAUUGUGUUCUCACCCAAUCUGCCCAUACUUCUUUCCUAUUGGUCAGCUCCUGAAAGAGGUGUUUCAAAAUUCUUGAUAGUUUCGUUGAGCUAUAUAAAAGUUCCACUAUUACUGAUUUUUCCUUUAGGUGUCACCUAACUUUACAUUUGUAGUGUUCAGUUUUGAUACUAUGCAUUAGAUUGUGUGGUGUUUAGGAUGAAAGAUUUCUUUAGGCCAUUCUCUCUAAAUGAAAAAAUUACUUUAGUGCUACACUGAAGACUUGAUUCCUUCUAGAAUCUUCUUUGUGUUUUUUGAACUUCUCAAGUAGCAUUGUAUUCUGCAUUAAUUUCGUUUCACAAGUUUAUUUGGCUGUGGAUUCUCACAAUUAAGAACGUAUGUUUACAUAUCAGAAAGGAACAUGUAACUUUAGCAGUCUGUUGUUUUUAAAGCUGUGCAUCAAAGUAGAUACAUAAUUUUUUGAAACAUUAACUGUAGUAGUACUGCGUUGAAUGGUAGAAACCAGACCCCGUGUAUUUGGUUUACUUGUUUGCUUAGCUUUCCAUGUAUCUCGGUGAUGUUACCCCAUAUGUGUUCUUGAGUCCAGUGAUUUUCAAAGUUGGUUUCUGUUACAGUAAACAGUUUCUUACUGCUUGAAGUAAUUUCUUGAAGUUUCCUUAUAAUUAUAGUGUUAGAACCAAUGAUAGAAAUUAUUUGUUUGUGACUAAGUUUUUCCUUGUCCUUGAUCAAUAACCUAAGAAAACACAAGACGUGUGAACCUCCAGGGAUGAGAGAAAUUUGAAUCUUUUGUUUUAAAUGUUUCUUAAAUACAGCACCUAAAGAAAAGUAUGCCUCUUCUGUAUCCACGUACCAUCUGCUACUUACAUUAGUGUGUCCUUGUGACCGGCUCUCCUUUUCCUAUGUAGUGUUUAUUUACAAUGUUCCCAUUUUGUUUUUUGUUUGUGAUACUCAUGUGCAAUCAAUGAGAUUAGAUAAAUGUAUAUGUUUUUGCAUUGUUACUCCAUUUUAAAUAGGAAAUUUGUAAGAAAAUUUUAUAUUUUCAUGUUAUGUGUUUGUGAAAAUAAUUUUUCAAUAUAUUUAUUUGUACUUGUGUAGUAUGCAUGUAACUAAUUACAACCAAAGUAAUCAGCCAGUCACUUUUUAAGAAAAAAGGAAUUGUUAAGAUGACUUUUUAGACGCUGUGCAUCAGUACUUGAUAAAGUGCAGUUUGAGCCUGUCACUUGAAAAAUCAGAUCUGUGGCUCAUGAAAUAAAAUUUAUAAAUAUCAUUGUACUUAAUUGUACUGAAGUUUGAUAUGAACUGUUUUGUUACAAAUGAACUCAUUUUAGUUUCCUAUUAAAUAUUAAGAAACACAUA